AUGGCUGGAUGCACUACUGAUAUGCCCGCACCACACGUCGGCAAAAACCCCGCUCGUGAAUUGGACGAUGACUCCCUUGUGUUGAAUCGCGACCAAGCUCAGCAAAUCGACGCGUCUCACCAUAAAAAUAAGAGGGUGUGCGUGACCCAAACCUCCAGCGUCGCGAAAACAUCUCGAUUGACGGAGAACAAGCGUCGCUACCGAGCACGCCGGAAAGAGUAUGUGUUGGAUCUCGAGCGAAGGCUCGCAGAAGCGCGAGAGCAAGGGAUCAAAGCGACGAUGGAGGUACAAUUGGCGGCACAGAAGGUCGUCGUAGAGAACGGGCAGCUCCGGGACCUUCUUCGGCUGACUGGCUUCGCCGACGAAGAUAUCGACGUAUGGACGAGGCGCGAGCCCGGUGGAGAUGACGCACAUGGAGCGAAUUGCGCUCGAAGGCGAGAAAUAGAGCGGAUGGCCAGACUAUGUGUGACAUUUACAGCUGGCCGCGGAGGAGGGACCACGAAGGGGGAAAAGACAUCCUCGUUGAGCAAGACCAACGGGAAUAGAAAGCUUGACCAGGCUGGAAACAUAUCUGAGAGCACUGACAUACCAUCAAAUACCGAGGAUCCACUGGUUGGCGAGCCAAACCCCUCCAACUGCCUGGAUUUCGAUACAGCGACUGCCUGCCCAGCACCCGAAACGAGCGAGGCUCCUGCUGCUGCACAGGCAAAGACGCAAACCUGCCAUGACAAACAAUCAAUGCCAUGCAAACUUCUUUCGCGUCUCGCCGAGAAUCCUGCUACAGAUAUUACUCAGGUCUCAGUCCCGCCAGGGUCUGUUGAUCCUCUUCAGGAUACUGCAUACCAUGGGGGAGAUGUUGAGUGCGGAAAGGCGUAUGAGAUGCUCAUGCGCUACGCGACAUCUGAGGAGAAGAUGGAUAUCGUUGCUCAAGCAUUGGAAGGGGGCUGCACUUCGACUGGGAAGGGUCGCUGUGUCGUUAAAAAGAAUACUAUUUGGGAGGCUCUCGAUAGUAUGUGUGGGUGA